UACCUUCCCACACUGUUGAACCAUAACCUUCAUGUACCUUUCAAGGUAUUUAUUACCUGUGUGAGAGUCAGAAAUAGUAGUUCUUGUUUUAGGAAACAUAGCCCCGACCUGAGUGACUCUGUUUUAUAUCUUUCUGCAGAAGUAGAGAGCACAUUUCAUUCACCUGAGUUAAGGAUUGUGCUGCUGGGAGCUUCUAGUGUUGGAAAGAGUGCAACAGGAAAUGUAAUACUGGGCAGAAAGGCUUUUAAAGUGACCAGAACCAGAGCGAGUGAGAUACAGAGAGGAAGAGUAGAAGACAGAAACAUCUCGGUCAUCGACACUCCAGGUUUCUUCACCACUGAACUGACUGAUGAAGAGCUGCAGAAUGAAAUGAUGAAGAGUGUUUCUCUUUGUCAUCCUGGUCCUCAUGUGUUCCUGCUGAUCAUCAACCUAGAAAACAUGAAAGAGGAGGAGAGAAAACUUGUGAAACAAAUUCAGAAGUACUUUGGACCACAAGGUUUUAAGUUCACCCUGGUUCUGUUCAUUGGAAGAGAACAACUGUCCAACAAAGAAUGGAUGGUCUUUAUGCUUAGUACAAAAUUUCAGGAACUAGUCAGACACUGCAGAGAUAAAUAUCAUGCAAUCAGCAGUGUACGUGAAAUUAAUCCAGCUCACAUCACAAAGCUUGUACAGAAGAUUAAUGAAAUCAUCAAACAGAAUGAUGACCAGUAUUACAAUAAUGAGAUUUACCUAAAGUCUCCAACAAAGAUCAGAAAAGAAAAAGCAAAAACUGGAGGAAGAAAAGGAGGACAGAGGACAACACAGAGAAAGAGACAAAACAAGAGCAAGUAAAACAGUGCAAGAGACAUUUAAAUGUGUAAUAGAAGAAAACAAAGCGAAGUAUAUCUCAUGCGAGAAGAACAGAGAAAACUCAGGUAGAAGAAGAAUUUGUUUUUCAAGAAAACAUGAAUGCUGAGGCAAGGGAUAGUAGCUCAUUAGGAAGAUCACUGUGAUUCUCGUUCGAAAGGAUGACAGAAUUAAAUGUCCAGAAAGCAACAGAAAGGAAAAUGAGCAGAACAGAACAAUGGGAGCAGAAGAACACCCAAGCAGGUGAGAAUUUAGAAAACUGUCUGUAUUUUAUUAUAAUUUACCUUGAAUGUCCAGUUGGAAUUACCAUUUUUAAAGGGGUCAUAUAAUGCAACUUUUACAAGAUGUAAAAUAAGUCUCUGAUGUCCCCAGAGUGUGUAUGUGAAGUUUUAGCUCAAAAUACCACACAUAAUUUUUUAUAGCAUGUUAAAUUUGUCACUUUUUGAGGGUGAGUAAAAACACUCAGUUUUUGUGUGUGUCCCUUUAAAUGCAAAUGAGCUGCUGCUCUCAAGAAGAGGGCUGUAUCACACACAGUUUCUGCCAAUCUCAUGUUAAUCUUGAGUACCUAUAGAGUAGUAGUGCAUCCUUCAUAUCUCCGAAAACUCUUUAGCUAAAGAGCGACGAGCACGCACAGCUUUUGUGUAAAGAUCGUCUGCAAGCUAUCAAUGGUCAGCUAAACAAAUGUAUUUAAACACACACAAUACACCAUCGCAUUAUCCCUAGAUAACUUUUGAAUCGCUAUAAUAAAUAUAGCAUAUAGUGAAUGAUGAAUAAUGAAUUUAUGAAUUCACUACGUUCGUAUUGUUUACAUUAUAUACACAUAGGCGCCUAUUGCCAACAAAACAGACAUUUGAAUCAGUUUUACUCACCACCUGCGGUUCCGACUCAUAACCGGGAUCAUUACCGCUGUGACCGCUCCAUCUUUCAGUUUCAAACGAUCUGUAAAUCCACCGUAGAACUGGGCCUUGUUUAUGAAACCAUAAGCGCCGAUCCCGAGGGCUCGAGCAGCCACGGAAAAACACGAGAUAUUCUCAAUCCAUUUUAACCAAUAAAAACACGAUUGCAACUAUCAGUUUCUACGGUUAUUUUAAUUGCAAAUAUAGAGAGUACAUCAAUGUAAUGCGUGAGAACAAAACUCUCAGCUCCACUUAACCUUGCUUCCCAAAGAACCCAGCGUUAUCUUUCCCUCACAACCAAAAACACACUUCUUUGGUGACAUUGUUGAUUUUGUGAAGUCCUGUGACCUGUGCCCGUAAAAGGAAUUCUAUAUUUUUGGCACAGAAAUACGCCGUCAUACGUCCAACUCGUGUUUUGAAACUUUGGCCAUGUUUAGCAUGAUAAUAAAACUCUUUAACAGUGUAAAUAAGUCAGAAUGCAUGAAAUAGUAUUAUACCUAGUUAAAUGUUAUACUUAGUUAAAUGUUAAUUUCAACAUUUACUAAUACUUUUUUCACAUCAAAAGUUUGGUAACACUUUAUUUUACAGUGAUUGUUGUUACAUGUUACAUGUACUUACUGUAGUACAAUAACAGUAAAUUGUAGUAAUAAUAAUGCAUCUUACCUAAUGCAUCUAAAUCUAGUAAUGCACAUAACUCUAAACCAAACCCUAACCCGUUAAAAACCUGAAUAUCAGAUCAGCUGACAGACAAAACACCUCAGUAUUUGGAUAACAGACAACGGAUAAUAGCUUCUCUCCAGCUCAGUCCAGUGGUGUCUCAGAGGUCCACGGGGUGAUGGUAAUUCGGCAGGAUCCAGAACAGUGACUUUAGGGUUUUGUCAUCAUAAGGGCAGGUGAUGGCAAGAUGGAAAAACUCCUCCAAAAAGGAUAAAAAAAAAAUCUUGCUGCAUAAUCCAUGUUGGGUCCGGUCAUCUGUCACGGGCGGUUGCAGGUAAACAGACAAAUGAAGGACGAAAACCCCUGUCUCGAUUUGGAACCAGCAAAUAUGUUGAGUACAGAGAACAAGUGUUGCUCAAUGUCACCAAGACCCAAGGAUUUGACACUGUGUUCUCCCAGUAACUCAGAUGAUGUGUCGUAAAACGUCCGACCACCGGCUCUAGUGUCUCAGGCCUUGAAGUUUCAGCCUUUUGAAUUUGCGAAGGGAUGCUGAUAUGGACCCCCUGGAGAACGGUGGGGGUCUGGACUACCAUAGGGGUGACUCAUCUGGGCAUUGUCAGAACCCGGAAAUCUCUGAGCCCUGAAACUCGAUUAGAGGGCACAUGGCGAAAACGUGAUUGCACAGGCGUGUAAUGGCGAUGAGCAGGUGCUGUUGGCAUUCUAAAAUUUGGGGUACGCUGCACCCGUGUUAGCUGCUUAGUGGUUACAGAUAGCUUCAUGCAUUUUUCCAACACCUCAGAUACAUCUGGACCAAAAAGAUGUCCAGGAACGAUGGGUAGAUCCCUCAAGGUCUUUUUACAAUCCUCCAGCAAUCAGGAAUGAGCAAGCCAUACCUGCCGGCGAGCAGUCAAGAGCAUUGCCAUGAGAAAGCCCAGUUCUUGUGCAUGUCACAUGCCCCAUAGCCAGUAAGGCUGUUUGCAAAAACCGUGGGACAGAGGGAUCCACCUCUACAGAUUCCAAAGAGUUGGAAGCAGCCAAAAUUAGUUGGCAAACAGUGUUGUCAGCAUGAGUGAUGUGGGCAGCUGACUCGUACACCUUCUUCAGAAUCUGUGUGGCCACACUGAACACUAGGGCAUCGGGCAUUCCCCUGCAGUGCUUCGUCUGGUGACAGCACCAGUGCAGUAACAGGCUGUUCGACUUAAGGUACACUCCGCACUCCAAUGGACUCAGCUUCUGCCAUUGAAGCCAGAGUGCGAGCAGUCUUGGAACGCCUUUUGUCCAUACCUGGUCCUUUGAGGGCAUUCGAAAAUUCUGUUAUGAAGACAUUACAUGCAGGCAUAGCAUAGGAAUCCAUAGGUGAAGGGCUGCGAAAAAACACACUUGACUGAACAGGAUGUGUAGAGCAUUUAUCAAGACCAAGAUGGGCCACUGCCAUCCGAAGCACUUCCAAUGAGUCAACCACCGGGGGUAGAGCAGUCCCCGAAGAAUGAAGUGAGUGCUCACGAGAACCACAAGACACCGUAGAUCCCACUUGCUUGUCCAACAACUCAGAAAUUUAAGUGGCAAGAUUAUCCUGGAAAUGUAUGUUGGAACCACAUGUAGACAUAGCGUCAAGGUGGGGGGCUAUGAGGAGUAUUAGGUGAAAAGGUAGGCUCUUCAUUAGACAAAUGUGAGUGAGCAUCCUCAGUGGAAGCCACAGCAGCAGUAGGAAGUUUUGCUGGUUGGAGGUUUUGCAAGAGACGUUUCAUCUCCGCCAUGUCUGAUGAAAGUCAACCAACUUUCUUUGACAACAGGUGCCCAGCCAAAUGACUGCCUCUAAAACUAUAGUUGUCUGCAACAGAAAAAUGUCAUCACAACAAACAGGUAAACUCAUCUACUCUCUAGUCUGCUUUCACAGCAUCAUUAAAUACUCACCCUCGGGCAAACUAUUCCAACUUAAACACUUUCCAACAGGUAGAUUUUCAUUUGUUUUUUCUUCUCCAAAUUUAAUGAAUUCUAGAAUAACUGAUUAUUGUUAUAUUUUUUUUUAUAAUGAAGGCAUGCUAUUACUUCCCUAGCAACAAUAAUAAGGUCAAUAAUAAGGUAACUGCACAAAUUUCCAUUUAAAACAAUUUCAGAUUCUAUUUCCACACUAAUUGAUUGAUAUCUUGGUCCCCAGUAUACUUUCUCUGCCUUUUAAAGCUGCCAGCACAGCCAGUAUCUAAGAAUGGCUCAAUUUCAGAGCUCCCUUUCUUAGGCUGCACCGGUUGCAGAGCUUCUUGCCCAGUAAUGUUCCUGUCACUGCCCAGAGAUUUGACAUGGACCUAAUCCAAGUCUAUGAACCCAAGGCCUUUCGGUCCCGGUCACUGCCAAAGCAAUUGUCAUAGCUCAAAGUCAGCAUCCAAAGAUGCCUCAAUCCAUGGCUGGUGUCAAGGCCACUCCAGUCCCA